AUGGCCCCUUCCAACCUCCCCGCCAUCUUCAACCCCACCCAGCAGGACAUUGAGAUGCUCCUCGCUGCCCAAUGCCACCUCGGUAGCAAGAACCUCCAGGUGCACAUGGAGCCUUACCUGUGGAAGACCAGGCCCGACGGUGUCAACGUCUUGAACAUUGGCAAGACCUGGGAGAAGAUUGUUCUGGCCGCCCGCAUCAUUGUCGCCAUCGACAACCCGGCUGAUGUCUGUGUCAUCUCUGCCCGUCCCUACGGACAGCGUGCCGUUCUCAAGUUCGCCUCCCACACCGGCGCCACCGCCAUCGCUGGUCGUUUCACUCCCGGUAACUUCACCAACUACAUCACCCGUUCUUUCAGGGAGCCCCGCUUGAUCGUCGUCACCGACCCCCGCACCGAUGCCCAGGCUAUCAAGGAGGCCUCCUACGUCAACAUCCCCGUCAUUGCCCUUUGCGACGGUGACUCUCCCACCGAGUAUGUCGAUGUUGCCAUCCCCACCAACAACAAGGGUCGUCACGCCAUCGGUCUCGUCUGGUGGAUGCUUGCCCGUGAGGUCCUCCGCCUCCGCGGUACCCUCGCUAACCGCGAGACUGAGUGGGAUGUCAUGACUGACUUGUACUUCUACCGCGACCCUGAGGCCGAGGAGAACAAGGACAGCGCUGGCGUUGAGGAGGCCAAGGUCCCCGGUGCCGACGAGGUUGGUCCCGCCGCUGUCGCUGACGGCUUCACCAGCGAGUGGGAGGUCUCUGGCGCAUCCGCCGGUGCUUUCACUGCCCAGGCUGCUGCCCCCGGCACCAGCUGGGACGCUGACGCUGCUGACUGGGCCGCCUCUGGCGACGCCCAGGCUAGCGGCGAGGGCUGGGGUGCCGAGACUGCUGCCCCCACUACCACUACUCAGUGGUAA